AUGGGUGACGCUGUUGGUCCGAAAUAUGAUCGCAAUCUAGCACAUGUCAUCAAGCAGGAGGUAACUCCGGGAAACGGAUUUAUCGUCUCGGAACAGCUUCAAAGCAACGACGACAUGUUCCACAAACUAGUAGACAGAAAUACCCAGACGUUAGGACCUAGUGGACUCCUCGCCUCAGAUCUUCCUGUAGACAGUAAGCCUUAUGUUGACAAGUCGAUGGGCUUACGGCAUUUCUCUACCAAAGUGUGUGAGAAAGUUAAGGAGAAAGGUCGCACCAAUUACAAUCAGGUUGCGGACGAACUCGUGGCAGAAUAUUUCGCAGCGAACAAUAUGAAUUCUGAGGAGUUUUUG